UGCAAUAAAAAUAUCAGUUGCCGUAAGUUUUGCAGAGAAGCUUCUUGUUSGUGAACAAGCAAAAAGGUCCUAGAGCUCACAAAACAUACCAGAGCGAGAAAAGAAACACACAAUCGCCAAUCGAACAAMGAUGUCAUUCGCCACUGCCACAACGAUGCUACAGCUUCUGAUCGUCGCCGCGCUGAGCCUCUCCAUCGUCGAAGGGGACGAAGCCACAGACGCUKCUGUCGGGGACCUUACUACCGUCGUUUCUGCUUCUCAGGUCCGUGAUUGGAACGAGCGGAGCUACGAACACUUUCGAACCGAAUACGAAAAGAUGGGAUGCGUGGAAUUUCUGGGAGAUUUCCCGGUGUUGACCGCAGAGGAAGACAGUUUUGGGGCCCAKAAUUCAAUUUUGACGAGAGGACGGUCGCUGCAAAUGUCGAUGGAUGACACUUCCGGCGGCAUGAUGUGCUCCUGCUACAUGCUCUACGAUCUAGGUCGCUUGGCGGCCAGGAAAAAMUCCUCUGGGGUGGCGGCAGGGAAAGCGCAAGCGACGGCGGGAGCAGACUGCGUCGGGGGCUACGCCGGCAUCUACCCCUGCGAGAACGUCGACCUGGUGGGCUUUGUUCCAGUCKACUCCCUCCCGUUGCCCCGCUCGGGAGAGCCCGCCAAUGCUGCAAACGAUGUCUGGGGUUGGACGAGCAGCACYGACCGAGAAUUCGCCAUCUGGGGCACAACCGAAGGAACGUUUUUUGUGGAAAUCAUGGACUCACCCUCCAACCCCUAUUUUGUUUGGGGAUUCAUGGAGAGCGAAGAUGGUUCUGCAUUGCAGCGCGACAUCAAGGUCAUYGGGGACACUGCCUACGUGGGAGCGGAAAAGGAYAAUCACGGCAUUCAAAUCUUCGACCUGAACCGUCUCUUAAAUAUGGUCCGAAGCGAUUGCUCUAGCCCCGCCUGCCAGUCGCUCGCUCCGGACCAUGUGUACAGGGGAUUCGGUAGCGAUGUUAUUGGGAACUCGCACAACAUCGUUGCCAACGAGGAGAGCGGAUAUUUGUACUUUGUGGGUAGCAGGCAAGGAUGCAAUGGUGGGUUGCACAUUGUCUCUAUCAAUGACAACCCACUGGAUCCGAAAUUUGUGGGAUGCUUUGGGGACGAUGGAUACGUGCACGACGCGCACUGUGUCAAAUACCGUGGCCCCGAUGAUAGGUAUCAGGGCAGAGACAUAUGCUUCUGCUUCAACGAAAGCGUUGUAACGAUUGUGGACGUAACMGAGGGUUCCAAUUUCGAAAUCCUUUCCCGUGCUGGCUACAAACGGAGUGGUUAUACUCACCAGGGGUGGUUGUCAUCGGACCACAAACAUGUUGUCUUUGGAGACGAAACAGACGAGUUACAAGCAGUGUGGGGCGGAMGAGAACCAAGGGUUCGAACGAUGAUCCUGAACGUGGAAAAUUUGUCUUCUCCGAAAAACUAUCGAGAACRCUUUGGGAAAGCUACCAUCGAUCACAACCAGUAUAUCCGCAAGGCAAAUGCUGCGGGGCUUAAUUACAAUAACGAAAAUGAUUUGAUUUUCCAGGCCAACUACGAAGCCGGAUUGACGAUUCUACAAGCCAUCAAUUACGAUGAAGGGGAUCUCAGGGAGGUUGGUUCCUUUGAUACAUUCUUAUAUGGAGGGGAAGAUCCCUAUUUUUCUGGUGCAUGGUCGACGUUCCCGUAUUUCUCGUCGGGGUUGAUCCUGAUCAGCAGCCUCCGAGAGGGAUUGUUUAUUGUGAAGCCCAACCUGGGAGAUGCCUUGGUCACAUCCGAACAGCCCAUUGAAUCCCCAUCGAAACCGCCAUCAAAGCCUCCAACGAAACAGCCCUCACAACCACCCACUCAAUCACCAGUCACGGGGCCACCCACUCAAUCACCAGUCACGGUGUCACCCACUCAAUCACCAGUCACGGUGUCACCCACUCAAUCACCAGUCACGGGGCCACCCACCCAAUCACCAGUCACGGUGUCACCCACCCAACCACCCUCCGGGCCACCCAUCCAACCACCCUCCGGGCCACCCACCGCGGUAGUGUCGGGCUGUGAGGAUAGCACGACUCUGGAUUACAAAAACAAAGGGAAAGGAUGUGGUUGGGUCGGAAAAUUCAAAGGCAAAGCCUCCGUCGAGUCGAACGAGAGAAAUCGAAAAAGAAUUCGACGAAAAUGCAGGCUGAGGUGGAAAGGAAGUCGGCUCCACAAGUUUUGCCCAACAACAUGUGGACAACAUGGGAUUGGAAAAUGCAAAAAAUUAUUUCGCGAGAACCUGUAGGGUAGAAAGGACUGCAACCUUUCACUGAAAUAAACACAUGCAAUGUAA